UCCCUUUAUUAUUUUCCGUUAAUGGAGAUCGAUCCUGUUGGAAUAGACUUUUCUUUAAACCCUCGAAGAAAACCAAGUGCACAAGUAGAAAGAAUUCCCCUUUUGGAUGAAGAUAUUCAUGGAAGUUUGGAUGAAGACACAAGAAAUCACUCUCUGCGUGCUAACUUUUUACCUCCAGCUUUUUCACCAACCAAGGAAUCAGACAGUGUGGGUACUAUUGAGUGGCCAUCGGAAGAGUUUACUGUUUCAAGUCCUGUCUUUACCAAUCUUCCUCAAAUAAGACCCAGUCAUUUGUGUACUGCUUCUGAAGAGACCCAGAGAUUACGUAGAAAAUUAUUGAGAGGUGCCAAUGUAUUGAUUGUACAAGCUGGCUAUUCAGGGAAACGAUUUAUUUAUGAAAGAUUAAAGGAAUUGGGAGUACAAGUUACCAUAAUGGAUGGACCAGACAGCUGGGCACGCAACUUGUUGGAUCAAGGUCUCAUUAGAGACUAUUUGGAAUUGGAUUUCACUGAUUAUUCGACAGUAUUUGAUAGAGCCAUGCGACUUGUUCGUCAAUUGGAUUAUUCAUUGGAUGGUGUUACUACUUAUUAUGAAGAUGCGGUUCCUUUGGCAGCACGCAUUGCUUACGAAUUAAAGUUGAUGGCCAAUCCAGUAUUUGCUUGUGAAAGUGCUCGAAAUAAACAAAAGACGCGUAGUUGUUUGAAAGAAAAGGGACUUGCUGUACCUGCUUUCUAUUUGAUUCGAGACAAAGAAGAUUUGCCUUUGGCAAGUGAGGUGGUGGGAUUUCCAGCCAUUUUGAAACCAGUGUAUGGUGCAGCAAGUAUGGGUGUUUAUAGAGUGAAUGAUUAUCAACAAUUGGAAGAAGAGUUUAAUCAAUUGGUGCCUUUGAUGGAUCCCAAAAAGGACUCCAUCUGGGCUCAAGGCACUGAAAUGAUUUUGGAAGAAUAUUAUGACGGAGAUGAAUUUGAUGUCGAUGUGUUGUUAUUUAGUGGCCAAGUUGUGUAUUGUGCUAUUUCAGAUAAUUGGGCCUGUUGUGAACCUUGGUUUCAAGAAACAGGUACCAACAUUCCUUCUUUGUAUCCUUUAGAGAAACAAAAAGAGUUGAUGGUUUUUGCACAACAGUGUACGCUUGCAUUGGGUUUUGUAUUGGGAGCUUUUCAUGUCGAAGUGAAAUAUACUUCUCGAGGUCCUCGUUUGAUUGAAGUCAAUGCCAGAAUGGGUGGCAUGUGUGUAAGAGAUGCAAAUUUGGUUGCUUGGGGUGUAGACUUGGUAGAAGAACAUAUGAUGGCAUCGUUAGGAAUUCCUAUUCGACCUUUGAUGCCCAGAAAGCCACUUGCUUAUUUAGCUGAAGCAGCUGUCAAUGCACCGUAUUCAGGUAUCAUUGAAAGUGAUGACUGGUUACAAGUGUUGAGUGAUGAUCCUCGUACCAAAGUAUUGAGAUAUUUUAAGAAGAAAGGUGAUAUGGUUCGAGGACCAGAAGAUGGAAUGCCCGAUUGGAUUGCUGAAAUUAUUUGUGUGAGUUUAGUUUCUGGAAAGGAUGCCUUGGAAUACAUGCAAAGGGCAUUGUGUGAAAGGUUACAAGUUCCUAUCAAACCAUUACAAGGAAAAGAGAGGAAGAACUUUUUCUUCCCAAAACAUAGUCAUCCAUUUACUUUGUUGACAUACGAUGGAUAGAGGAAUAGAGAAAAGUAAAGAUAGGAAACCAGAAAAGGGGGAAUUUCAUAACUUGGCGGGCUAAUCUUAUUUCCCCUCUUCUUCUUUGCCCAUUUGAAAGACACGGCACAAUUAAAAAUGAAUUAUGAGGC